AUGUGGUGCCUGUGCGCAUUACCGGUAUAUGCGGAGCUAUUUCGCGGGAUAUGUGGUGCCUGUGCGCAUUACCGGUAUAUGCGGAGCUAUUUCGCGGGAUAUGUGGUGCCUGUGCGCAUUACCGGUAUAUGCGGAGCUAUUUCGCGGGAUAUGUGGUGCCUGUGCGCAUUACCGGUAUAUGCGGAGCUAUUUAGCGGGAUAUUUGGUGCUUGUGCGCAUUACCGGUAUAUGCGGAGCUAUUUAGCGGGAUAUUUGGUGUGCUUGUGCGCAUUACCGGUAUAUGCGGAGCUAUUUAGCGGAUAUGUGGUGCCUGUGUGCAUUACCGGUAUAUGCGGAGCUAUUUCGCAGGAUAUGUGGUGCCUGUGCGCAUUACCGGUAUAUGCGGAGCUAUUUCGCAGGAUAUGUGGUGCCUGUGCGCAUUACCGGUAUAUGCGGAGCUAUUUAGCGGGAUAUUUGGUGCCUGUGCGCAUUACCGGUAUAUGCGGAGCUAUUUAG